AUUCCUGCGUUUAUUUUGAGAAGCUCCUGCCUUGUCCGAAAUAAAACUUGAGAAGUCAGUCUACUACUGCGUUUUCUAAACUGAUCUCACUGCAAACUUUCCUUUCCUUGAAGACUCAGCGUCUUCUGGUGAGUUUAUUCCAAGAAUCAUGAGGCCAGUAUCGUGCGUGGUUAUGGACUUGCAGACCUGAAUCAUCCCUAAUUCUUCGAAUUUCCGCUUUGCUGACAACACAAGUUCCAACGAUAUUCCUUGGUUUGGCUGAUAAUUAUCGUUCUCAAUGGCUCAAAUUCCUAACCUCGACAGCCCUGUCAAUCUCACAUCCGUUAGGGAACAAUCUCAAAAGGAGCUCAUCAAUAUCCUUAAGAAUAUAAGAGGGAAAAAGUGCUUGGUCAUAGAUCCGAAGCUCGGUGGCUCUCUCUCCCUGAUUAUACAGACAUCAAUUCUGAAGGAGCUUGGGGCUGAAUUGCGACAUCUUUCAGCUGAGCCAAUUCAAACUGACUGCACCAAAAUAGUUUACCUUGUGCGCUCUCAGCCUAAUUUGAUGAGAUUUAUAUGUUCAAAUGUUAACAAUGACAUGUCAAAAGGACUGCAAAGAGAGCAUCAUGUUUAUUUUGUCCCUCGUCGCACUGUUGUUUGUGAGAAAGUUCUUGAGGAAGAGAAAGUGCAUCAUAUGAUGUCAAUAGGGGAAUAUCCCUUGUAUCUUGUACCAAUGGAUGAUGAUUUACUCUCGUUUGAACUGGAUCUUGCUUACAAAGAAUGCCUGGUAGAUGGUGAUACAAGCUCGCUUUGGCAUAUUGCAAAAGCUAUUCACAAACUUGAGUUUUCCUUUGGAUUGAUACCAAAUGUGAGGGCAAAAGGGAAAGCAUCUGUCCGUGUGGCUGACAUUCUAAACCGCAUGCAAUCUGAGGAGCCAGUUAGCUCACCUGAUAUGCUUGUGCCAGAGAUAAAUACUCUUAUCCUUUUAGAUAGGGAGGUGGACAUGGUUACUCCUUUGUGUUCUCAGUUAACAUACGAGGGGCUUCUUGAUGAGUUUCUGCACAUCAACAAUGGUGCUGUGGAGCUUGAUUCAUCCAUUAUGGGUCAACAGGAAGGAAAAAAGAUGAAAGUUCCUCUUAAUUCAAGUGACAAGCUUUUUAAGGAGAUACGGGAUCUCAACUUUGAAGUUGUUGUGCAGAUUUUGCGUCAAAAAGCUACAUCCAUGAAGCAGGACUACACAGAGAUGACAACUACUACACAGACAGUUUCUGAAUUGAAGGAUUUUGUGAAAAAACUGAACUCAUUGCCAGAAAUGACCAGACACAUAAAUCUGGCACAGCAUUUGUCAAAAUUCACAUCAAAGCCAUCAUUUCUUGGGCAGCUUGAUAUGGAACAUACAAUUAUCGAGUCCCAAAGUUACGAAAUAUGCUUUGAGUACAUUGAGGAGAUGAUCCAGAAGCAGGAGCCACUUACAACUGUCCUUCGCCUUCUUAUAUUAUUCUCUAUUACUAAUUCAGGGUUGCCAAAGAAGCAUUUUGACUACUUGAGGAGAGAACUACUCCACAGUUAUGGGUUUGAGCACAUGGCAACACUAAAUAAUUUAGAAAAAUCUGGACUGCUAAAGAAGCAGGAGUCAAAAAGUAACUGGCUUACCGUAAAACGUGCUCUGCAACUGGUAGUUGAUGACACUGACACAGCAAACCCCAACGACAUUGCUUAUGUGUUCUCUGGAUAUGCACCACUUAGUAUUCGUCUGAUCCAGCAUGCCAUACGAUCUGGAUGGCGUCCUGUUGAAGAAAUUCUGAAGCUGCUUCCUGGACCUCAUUUGGAAACCAAGAGGGGUGGAUUCUCAAAUAGCCCAUCAUUUGACGCUUUGUCUGGUGCUUCAACCAACACAACUAAAAUAACUGAUGGAAGGCGUUCACUGGUGCUUGUCGUCUUUGUUGGAGGGGUUACCUUUGCAGAGAUUUCUGCACUUCGGUUUCUUAGUGCCCAGGAAGGAAUGGCAUAUGAUUUGAUUAUUGCAACAACAAAAAUAAUCAAUGGCUGCACGGUGGUCGAAACAUUCGUGGAAAAGAUGGGUUGAGGAGUGAGUAUAGUUUUACAUCAUGUCUCUGUCUUCUAUCUUGGCAUGGAAAACCAAACCCAUCAAGGAGUUUGCCAAUGGAAUGCAGUUCUGAAAGCUCCCAUUGGUGCUAUAAUAUCCUCGUGUUGAUUUGUGGCUGGAAAUUGAGUGGUAGAACUGAAGAAUAGGAGCUCAGUCUUUUGAAGGAAUAAUCCAGAAUGAAUAGCAAGGGGGAUACUUUUUGAUUUGCUAAUGAGUGAACUCAGUAUUCCAUGCAUGGUUGCACUUACUUUGGAUUUUUUCAGAAUCAUUUUUGUGUGUGGGUUUGGAAAAAGAAUGGGAAGUGGAAGUGAGUUAAGAAUAACAACCUAAACUUAUGUAUAAUUGCUAUUACUAUGGUUAAAAAUAGGAGAAGGGCUUGUGUUCUUUUUGCA